AUGGCUGAAUUUGGAACGUGGUUCCCUGCAUUUGGGACGUCGUUAUGGGUGCAUGAUCCACCACAACUCUUUGAGGCGCUUGCACAACCAAUUCACGCGACGCUGAAGCGGUCCUCCUGCUUCUGCGAUGGCGUAGAAGGAUGGGGUCCUAUGUCGCCUCUGCGUGACUUUGACCUUACUCCUUGCUUCCAAGCGAUUGUAUUCUGGGCCCUGCCAGCUCUGGUGUUUUUGGGUGUGGCAUUCGUGUCUCUACGUCAGUAUAUCCAUACACCCAUCAAAGAGCGCUCUGAGAACUCGAUUCAUCUUCUGCAUGAAAAGGACGGCGUGACAAUCGCCAUUGCGUUGCUUUCUGUGAUCGAAAUAGCUGUGCUUUUCGGUCUUCGUGGGAAGGUCCAUGGCUCUGUGGAAGCUCUCGUGAGUGGUACCCAACUUUUUACCGCCACACUCAUCACGUUGGCCUACCUGGCCGCGCUCCUCCUGCAGCACGCCACGCAUAUGCGAGCACGCCAUGGAUCAGAUGCUGUGAUUAUCUUCUGCAUGUGGCAUAUCGUCAGUGUACCUGUGCGUUUGCGCAGUAUCAUGAAGAUCGCUUCACACUCUUCGAUCGAGCAGCUCCUUUUGGUAAUUCCUUUGCUUAUGCGCCUGAUUUUCAUAUUUGCUGCACUCUUCCUGGAAUGCUGUGAUGUGGAAGUGCCGGAUGGCAUUAUGCUGCCGGAAGACGAUGACGAAAGCGCGCCGUUCCGUGACGAUGUCGACGAGGCCAUGGCCCAGGACGCCGACGAGCAUGAACUGCAUGACAAGUAUGCACCGCAAGAAUCGCCCGUGGAAACGGCCAACCUAUUCAGUCGUCUGUUUUUCCACUGGAUGCAGCCUCUCAUGUCGCUGGGCUCGAAAAAGUUCUUGACGGAAGCGGACAUGUGGGCACUUCCGCAUGGCGAAGAUGCUGAGCGACUCAGCGAUGCAUUCCAACGUAACUGGGCCGACCUCUCUGCGAAGGUGGUAGCGCAGGGCCGCGAUCUAGAGGAGAGUGGCCGUAUGCGUUUCUGGCGUACCAUCCUCCGAUCUUUUGGUACGCCGUUUCUUAUUGCUGCUGGAUACAAACUCGUGCAGGACAGCUUGGCCUUUGUGCAGCCGCAAAUCUUGCGUCGUUUGUUGAGCUUUGUGGAUCAAUGGGAACUCUCUACUGAGAAGGACCGUGGUACACCGCUACGUGGAUUUGUGCUGGUUCUUCUGCUAUUCAUCACAUCCAUGAUUCAGACUAUGAGUUUGCACCAAUACUUCCAGCUUGUGAGCAUUGCUGGUAUGCGUGUGCGUGCUGGUGUCGUGGGUGCCAUCUUCCGCAAGAGUCUGCGUCUCUCCACCAAGGCGCGUGGCGCACGAACGACCGGUGAUGUGGUAAACUUGAUGAGCGUGGAUACCAAUCGUUUGCCUGAUUUUAUUAUGUACGCUCACAUUUUGUGGUCGGCCGUGUUCCAAAUCAUGCUGGCUUUCAUUUCUCUGUACAACCUCCUUGGCUGGACCGCCUUUGUGGGUGUGGGUGUUAUGAUGAUCGGUGUGCCGUUGAACACGGCGCUGGCUACAUACCUGCGCCGCAUGAGCGCAAUUCAAAUGAAAGUGCGUGAUCGACGUACGAGCCUGAUGAACGAGAUCAUCUUGAACAUCAAGUCGAUCAAGCUCUUUUCCUGGGAAGAAGCGUUCACGCGUCGUCUGUUUGAUGUUCGUAAUGGCGAAGAGCUGCCUCUUCUCCGCAAAAUUGGUAUGGCCAAUGCAGGCUUCAAUUUCUUCUGGCAGGCUAUUCCCUUCUUUGUGUCGCUGAGCACAUUCAUUGCAUUUAGCAUCUGGAGUGAUCGCCCGCUUACCUCGAGCAUUGUCUUCCCUGCCUUGUCGCUGUACCAACUGCUCAAUUUCCCUAUGUCCAUGUUGGCCGGUAUGGUAUCCAUGUUUUUGCAGACGCAAGUGUCAGCGGCUCGUCUAGCGGCUUUCUUCGACAGCGAAGAGCUUGACCAGGAGUCUCGCAAGGUGCUUCCUGCGCCGGCCAAGGGCGAGCAUGAGGCUCUGCGCUUCGAAAAUGCGACCUUCUCAUGGGCCUCGGAUCAAGUGUCGCCGACGCUUAGUGAGCUUGACUGGACGGUAGAACCCGGUGAGCUUGUGGCCGUACUGGGUCGUGUCGGUGAAGGCAAAUCGUCGAUUCUCUCUGCGAUCCUGGGCGAUAUGGUGCGUGUGCAGGGACAAGUGUAUGUCCACGGCGAGACAGCGUACUUCUCUCAGGGUGGCUGGUGUAUGAGCGCUUCAGUCCGUGACAACAUUCUGUUUGGACGCGCCUACAAUGAGGCCCACUACAAGCAAUGUGUCAUGGCCUGCGCCUUAGAGCCGGAUCUUGCUAUCUUGGAGCAUGGUGACAUGACCGAGAUUGGUGAGCGUGGUGUGAGCCUCAGUGGCGGCCAGCGUGCUCGUGUGGCGCUCGCGCGAGCCUGCUAUGCCUCGGCGGACAUUUACUUGCUAGACGACCCCCUGGCCGCAGUGGAUGCGCAUGUAGGUGCGCAUAUUUGGGAACAUGUGAUUGGACCUCGUGGUAUGCUUCGCCACCGUACGAGGAUCUUGACGACCAAUGCCGUGUCGUACCUGCCUGACUGUGAUAAGAUCGUGACGGUGCGCCAAGGCAAGCUGUUGCAGGAGCGUGGCACGUUUGAAGAAGUGAUGGCGAUGCAGGGCGACGUGUACCGCAUGAUCACGUCACUCAAGAACAAUGAGACAGACCAUCAGGACAUGAUGGCUGAGCGUCAGAAGGCCAAGAAGGCCAUGAAAGAGCAGGAAUGCACGCUCUUGCCUCGCCCACGUCCGUUGCGUCAGGACGAAGUGAAGGUCCAGACCAUUCAGCAGCUACGUGAAUCGUUCAUCCCGAAGGAAGUGCAAGAGACAGGUUCAGUGAAAUGGGAAGUAUACCGCCAAUACAUUCACAGUGCGUCGACGAUUGGUGUGAUUCUCUUCUUUACCGCCCACAUUCUUACGCAGGCCUGUAUGGUGGCGCGUGACUUUGUGCUGAAGCAAUGGAGUACGGCGAACACUGGCCGUUCGGAGGCGGAUCCGUCGGUGACGCGCUACUACCUCACGUUGUACGGCACCAUGGGUAUGCUGACCGCGAUGGGUGUGUGCAUUGCGCCGAUGAUCCUUUAUGUGUGGCUCGUCCUGAGUAGUGCGCGCCGCUUCCAUGAUGGCCUGUUCAAGUCUGUGUUGCGGUAUCCCUUGCAGUGGUUCGAGACGACGCCUACGGGCCGUCUGCUGAACCUGUUUAGCCGCGAUGUGAGUGUUAUUGAUGAAGUGCUGCCUCGUGUCAUCCAAGGUAUGGCGCGCUCAUCGUCAGUGGUGCUGGGUGUGAUUUGCGUUGUGUCGUACUCGGUACCUCCCUUCCUCCUCGCCAUUAUUCCUCUGGCACUGGCCUACCGUGCCGUGAUGCGCUACUACCUGGCCUCCAGUCGUGAGUUGAAGCGCAUUGACGCCGUGUCCAAGUCGCCGAUUUUCACGUGGUUCCAGGAAACGCUGGGUGGUAUUUCGUCCAUCCGUGCGUAUGGUCGUACGGGCGCGUUCACAGACGCCUUUGAAGCGCGAGUGGAUCGCAACCAGAUGUGCUACUUCCCCGCAUUCACGUGCAAUCGCUGGCUGGCUGUGCGGAUUGAGUGCCUUGGCUCGUCGGUCAUCUUGCUCGCUUCCACGCUGGCUGUGACGAUGGUCACAAGAGGCGGUCCUAUGAGCUCAGGCCUGAUGGGUCUUAUGCUCUCGCAAGUCCUCAGCACGACUCAGACACUCAACUGGGCCGUGCGGUCUGCCUCCGAAGUGGAGCAGAACAUUGUGAGUGUGGAGCGUGUGCUGUCCUAUUCGUCGCAACCGACCGAGCGUGCGUACCGCCGAGAUGAGACGGCGCCGCCAGCGGACUGGCCUUCAAGGGGUGUGGUGGAGUUCCGCAACUACUCGUCGCGCUACCGCGAAGGCUUGGACUUGGUGCUUAAGAACGUGUCGUUCACGACCAAGCCAGCCGAGCGAGUCGGUGUGGUGGGACGUACGGGUGCGGGCAAGUCGACGUUGACUAUGGCACUCUUCCGCAUUAUCGAGGCCGUGCAAGGCAGUAUCUAUGUGGACGACAUUGAUAUUUCUACCUUGGGUCUACAUGAGCUGCGUCAGGCAAUGGCCAUCAUCCCGCAAGACCCGCAACUCUGGCAGGGAUCGCUGCGUCAGAACUUGGACCCGCUGAAUGAGUACAGUGACGAAGAGCUAAUCCAUGUGCUAAAGCAGGCGCGCUUGGAAUCGCUUGUGAGCAACCACGACGAUGGUUUGCAGCGCGACGUCUCGGAGGGCGGCACCAACUUCUCUGCAGGCCAACGUCAGCUGAUCUGCAUUGCUCGCGCGAUGGUGCGCCGUUCGCGGAUCUUGGUGCUCGAUGAAGCAACAAGCAGCAUUGACCUGGAUACGGAUGCGCUCAUUCAGCAGAUUGUUCGCUCAGAGUUCCAAGGCACGACAAUUACCAUUGCGCAUCGCCUCAAUACCAUUCUCGACUCGGACCGCGUGUUGGUGCUGCAGCAGGGCGAAGUGGCUGAGUUCGAUACACCGAACACAUUGCUGGAGAACAAGUCUAGUUUGUUCUAUGCCAUGGCUAAGGAGGCAGGGCUUGUCGAGGAAGCCGUCCCGGAAGGCAAGUUGGUUGACGUGCCGACGCAGGAGGCACCCAAGAGCGAUGCCAAGGCUCCUGCCAGCCAGGAGGACACGGCCAAGAGCAGCACCGAAUCUGCCUCGGACCACGCUGAGCCGCCAACGAGCACGGAAACGCCUCCGAAGGACCAUACACCCGAGGCAGAGAGCCGUGCGGAACGUACCAAGACCACAGCCAAGGACAACGACGUGCCGGUUGCAGGCGCCACACCCCCUGCGGAGCCGCAAGAUCCAGCCGAGGCGGUGCCCCCCGCCUCGACCGCGCAAAGCGAAGCUGUGCAAAGCGAGUCGGCGAACGAUACACCGCAAGAAACGGCGUCCUCCGAUGCUGUGACGUCGGCCCAUGUGCAGCGCAAGUCGUCGGGUCGCAGGCGCAAGCGCUCGAAGAAGCGUGGCGGCAAGAAAAAAUAG